AUGCCAUUUGAUAGGCAGAUACCUAUGUUUGAUCUAAGAUUUAUUCAAUGUGCUGCUAUACGCCUUUGUUUUGAUAUGAUUGAAAUGCCCCAAUCGCAAAAUGAUAGUGUAAAUUUAUCUCAGAAGUUAGUUUCGUUCUUAAGUGACAGUGACGACGCGAUUUGCUGUGAAGUCUGCUUUGAACCAUUUCAACCGACUGAACGACCUCCGAAACUGCUUCCAUGCGGACAUAACUUCUGCGAACAGUGCCUCUUCUCGCUAUGCUGCCACCAACAGUAUUAUUUUUUGGACUCAAUUAAUUGUCCAACAUGUCGAACAGAGUUCAACACAUCAACAGCGUUCAAUGCACCAACCAACUACGAUUUAUGUAGAAGCAAAUUAGCAAAAUAUAUUAUUACUAUGAACCAAACAAUUGUUUUUUUUCUUUCAGAAAUGUUGGAGAGUGUUCAAAAAAGCACAAACGUAACCGUAAUUCAUGUAUCAGACAAUAGCUGCACAAAUACAACACUUCUCUCGGCCAAAUCGGUUGCCAUGAGUACACUCAACCGUUUAAAAGGAACACUGCGAAGAAGUGUACGUCAGUGUGCGUGGUGCUCAAAAAAAUUGUCAAAAAGGUCAUGUCGAAAAUCAGCUCGAUACUGUCUAAGGUGCUCAGCAAAAGAUGACUGCUUACGUCUUUCCUGCCUUGAAUGUUGUGUGAAUCGGCACAACGGACAUCAGUUAGCAACCUUUGACGAGCUGGAAUAUAAUCACCAAAAACUGAUCAACGAUUUGAAAGAAAUUAGGAAAAAGAUUCAGGAAGCUGGUAAAAAAAUCGACUUGCAUCUUAAAGAGCUGAAGAACGAUUCGCUGAUGAAAGUCGACUGUACUACUUUAUGUAACGCUAAAGAGAAUCUUCUCACUGAAUGUCAGAGAGUACUGGAUUUUAAUCUGAUGGUACUGGAAAAUCCCGAUACUACACCGUUAGCUCCUUCAGUGUUGAUGAAAAUUCGUCGAAAACAAAUUCAUAACAGCGCAAAAAUCCUCAAAAUGCUUCAUUUUAUUGAGAAAUGCCGAGACUCAAUUAAUGAACGUGGAAGAAGACACUUAAGACUGAAAACAGCUCCUGUAGAAGCAGUUCGCAGUAAAUUAUCGUUGCGGCAGUCUCGAGCAACCUUAUUCAGCGGCAACGAAAGUUUUGUGGAUUCAUUUGGCGCUGUUCUAACUCUUGCAAGUACUGAUGAGCACAAUUCCGUGAUUGAUGAAGCAAUGAAAGUUUUAUCCAGGAAAACAGCAACCAACGAAGAAAAACAGAUGGCUUUAAUAAACUGUGCAAAGCAUUUGCAAGAGCUUUCUAGCGAGACAAUGUCUGUACAUUCACUGCUGUUAUACGGAGAUGCAUUUUUAAACAUAUUCUAUCAGCUAAGCCGUUUGGUAUCGAAGUAUCCGCCGUCUAAGGAUGCUUUAACCAGGAAAGAUGUAUGGAAAAUUAUUCAAUUUGCUUACACGAAUCUGUUGAAAUGUGCGAGCAAACACUGGCCAAGUCAGCAUCCUGACCGAGUGGAUCUGGUUGACGACUUAGCUUUCUUAUGCUCACUAUACUCUGACGUUUGUGAUCAUGCGACAAUAACAAUCUGUAUGAUUGAAGCGGCACGAGCUCGAGCAGCUUCUGAUAAACUUAGUGAAAACGAAAAAGAAAGCCAAGAGAUAAGACUAAAAGCUUGUAAGUUAGCGAUAACAGCGAAAUUAAUGCGAACGACACAGUUUCAGUUGAUCGACGAUCAUCUUUUGGAGUGUCGACGAAUACAGAAGUUGCAGGAGCUAUGUACAACGAAACGACAAAGCCGUUUUUGCCGUUUCAAAAGAUGGUGGCGACGUUUGUCAAAGUGUUUGAAGAAGAAAUUCGUAAAAACACAGCGGGUUGCCCCAGAUUCAUAA